CGCGAGGCGGGCACGGGGUAUUGUCCGGCUCCGGCGGCGGCGGUCCGUGCUGCGAGAGCGGCGGCUGCGGCGCGGGUCGUCAGCGGGAGGGCUCGCGGCCGAGCGGAGGCAGAGUCGGCGCCGAGAACAUGUUUCCUGUGGGCCGCAUCCACAGACACUUGAAGACUCGCACCACAAGCCAUGGAAGGGUGGGUGCCACUGCUGCCGUGUACAGUGCUGCGAUUCUGGAGUACCUCACUGCAGAGGUGCUGGAGCUGGCAGGUAAUGCUUCUAAGGAUCUCAAAGUAAAGCGUAUCACUCCGCGUCACUUGCAGCUUGCAAUCCGUGGUGAUGAAGAGUUGGAUUCUCUUAUCAAGGCUACCAUAGCUGGGGGUGGUGUGAUCCCUCACAUCCACAAAUCUCUGAUUGGAAAGAAGGGACAGCAGAAAACUGCUUAGAGGGAUGCUUUAACCAACCCUCUUCCUCCCUGUCGUUGUACUGUAACUGGGACAGAAGAAAUAAUGGGGAUAUGUGGAAUUUUUAACAACAGUUAAAUGGAAAAGCAUAGACAAUUACUGUAGACAUGAUAAAAGAAACAUUUGUACGUUCUUAGACUCGAAGUUUGAUAAAAGUACCUUUUCAUGUGGUGACAGUUGUGUGUUGAUUGGCUAGGUUUCUCCCGCGUGUUUUAUACAAAAAUGGAAUUGAUAAACCAUUUUUUACAAAAUUAAUUUGUCUCAAAACUGUUCUGUUCAUGAUGUAUUAGAAAUAUUUUGCUCAGACUUUAAAUAUUUUAAAUCUCAGAUUGGUUAUUCAGAGUAACCUUGGAACAGAAAUUGGGAAUAUAGCUUUACAAUGAUUGAUACCAUGGUAUAUUGACUCUUACAUGCUAUUGAUCUGUAGCACCAUUUUUUACAAACCACUAGGAAAAAAACCUGCCAAUUAAAUCAUGAUACACCAUCAAUUAUGAGACAUCCCAAUUCGAGAGAUGUUAGAUUAUGGAAAAGUGUGCAUUUAUGACUGAAAUGGUAAUGGAAUUAUUUGAAUUCUAUACUGAGCACUUACCAUGUGCCAGGCCCUUUGCUGAGUGCUCUACUAAGAAAUUUUAUUGCCCCCACAUUAUAGAUGUGGAGUCUAAGGGUCACAGAAAUUGUGUGCUAUGCCAAAAAACAUUCAACUAGUAGAUAGAAAAUGACAGAGCUAUGAUUCAAACCUAGAUCUGGCUGACUUCAGAGCUUGAUGUUCAGUUUAUCAAAGGUUUUUCCUUUUGGUUUAAAAUCCCAAUUUUUGGCCAGGCAUGGUGGCUCAUGCCUGUAAUCCCAGCGCUUCGGGAGGCUGAGGCUGGUGGAUCACUUGAGGUCAGGAGUUCGAGACCAGCCUGACCAACAUGGUAAAACGCUAUCUCGGCCAGGCACAGCAGCUCAUGCCUGUAAUCCCAGUGCUUUGGGAGGCCGAGGUGAGCGGAUCACAAGAUCAGGAGAUCGAGACCAUCCUGGCUAACACAGUGAAACCCCGUCUCUACUAAAAAAAUAAAAUAAAAUUAGCUGGGUGUGGUGGCACAUGCUUGUAGUCCCAGCUACUUGGGAGGCUGAGGCAGGAGAAUGACGUGAACCAGGGAGGUGGAGCUUGCAGUAACCUGAGACGGCACUACUGCACUCCAGCCUGGCGACUGAGUGAUACUAGGUCUCAAAAAAAAAAUCUCUACUAAAAAUACAGAAAUUAGCCAGGCAUGGUGGUACAUGCCUGUAGUCCCAACUACUUGGGACGCUGAGGCACAAAAAUCACUUGAACCCAGGAGGCAGAGGUUGCAGUGAGCCAAGAUCACACCACUGCAUUCCAGCCUGGGUGACAGAGUGAGACUCUGUCUCAAAAAAAAAAUAAAAUCCCAACUUUUAGUAGUCUCUUAGUGAUGCAAUAACAGUAAUUUGUACAAUCUUUUAAAAAUUAUUUUUAUUUAUCAGUUUCCAAGAAACUUUUUUUGUUUUGAGACAGGGUCUUGCUCUAUUGCCCAGGUUGGAGUGUAGUAGCGUGAUCCUGGCUCACUGCCGCCUCCACGUCUCAAGCCCAAGCAGUACUCUUACCUCAGCCCUGCAAAUAGCUGGGACCGUAGGGACAUGCCACCAUACCUGGCUAAUUUUUUUUAUUUAUGUAGAGACAGAGGUCUCCCUAUGUUGCCCAGGUUGGUAUUGAACUCCUGGCUCAAGCCAUCCUCCCCACUUGGCCUCCAAAGUACUGGGAUUACAGGCAUAAGCCACCUUGCCCUGCCCCAAAUAACUGUUAAAUUUGAGUUAAUGUACUAGUAGACCCUUAGAAAAUUAUAUUUUUCUGCUUGCAAGUCUUCAUUAAAGAAGGAAAUUUUUUAGUGUUUUAUAGUAUAAUGCUCUCCAAACUCAUUUUUUUAAACAUUUUAUUAUGGAAAUUUUCACAAAUACACAAAAAGAAUAGCAGAAUGAAGCCCCGUGUACCCAUCCUCUAACUUCAACAGCUGUCCUGUGGUCAGUCUUGUUUACCUGCAUCCCCACCUGUCCCCUGCCCCAACCCACAGGGAUCAGUUUGAGUCCCAUUACAGGCAUAGUAUUUUCGUGUCUGUGUGAUCAGAGACAUAAUUCAAAUAUAACUCUAAAGAUAGGGUUCUUUUUAGAACAUAACCACAAUACCAUUGUUUAAGACUGCUAAAACAUUUUUUGAUGGCAAGUACCAGUCAAUAUUCAAACUUCCUGAUUGUCUCAUAAGUUUUUUUAAAAAGUUGGUUUGUUUGAAUCAAGAUCCAGACACAGAUCUAGAUCUUGCAUUUUGUUAAUCUAAUCUAUGGAUUUAACUUUCCUGUUUUUAAUUUUUGAAGAAACUAAGUUGUUCAUCCUACAGAAUUGUCCCUCAGUGGACUUUACUGAAUGUAUCCUAAUGGGAUCAUUUACACCUUUUCUGUCCCCUAUAUGUUCUGUAAACUGACAGAUCUAGAGGG